AUGGCCAGUAGUAAAAUUGUAAUAAAAAAAGGGUUGGACCUGCCCAUUGCUGGUGCGCCGGAGCAAGUGAUCGAAGACGGUCCGGCGAUUGGAAAGGUAGCCGUCUUGGGGCCGGACUCGAUUGAUUUGCGGCCGACGAUGGCCGUAAGCGAGGGCGAUUCGGUCAAAAAGGGCCAGUUGCUCUUCGAGGACAAGAGGACCCCGGGCGUGCGCUAUACGUCGCCGACGAGCGGCAAAGUGACCGGCGUCCACCGCGGUGCCAAACGCACCUUGCUCUCGGUCGUCAUCGAGGUCGCCGGAGACGAGGAAGAGCGCUUUGCGCAGCACACGCGAACGGCACCUGACCAGUUAAGCCGUCAACAGGUGAGCGAAACCUUGGUGGCGUCCGGCCUCUGGCCCGCGCUGCGCACGCGGCCCUACAGCAGAGUGCCCGUGCCCGAUAGCGCGCCGCACUCGAUUUUCGUCACCGCGAUGGACACCAAUCCCCUCGCGGCCGAUCCCCAAGUCGUGCUUCCGCGGGCACGAAGACGACUUUGCUAUGGGCCUGACCAUACUGGGUAA